CCAAUCACAAGCCAAGGACAGAACUCAUUUCCUGUUUUUAGCUCCCGUUAGACUCGUGCUUAGCGUUAGCUAACGUUAAUGCAGCUUAAAAUCAUGAAUGUUCUCUGUCGUUCGAGGAAACUGGUGUCGUCGCUGUUUCGAAAUAACGUUUUAGUGGAGAAAGCGCAAGUUUUGGGGUCUUCGCUCCCCAAUGCUCGGUGCUACAGUCUGUAUCAAAGUCAACAUUUAACCGCUAACGUAGCUUCAUGUCAACACUGGCACCACGCAGCGUCCUUCAGCUGUCAUGUUCACACAAAAAGAUGUUAUUCAGAUAGUAGUGAAUGGAGAAAUUCAACGAGCACUGGCUUGUCUGAAGAGGAAUCACAUGAGAUGGGUGACAGCAGCAGUAACAACAGCGUCCUCAGGCAGAGUUCCUCACAGACGUUCGAUCUCGAUGUGGUGGUGUCUCUGCUGCGUCAGGAAAAUGCCGUGGACAUCUGUGUGAUCAAAAUACCAGAACACAUCAAAUACGCCGAAUACUUAAUUGUCGUCAGCGGUAUGUCGCCGAGACACAUCCGUGCUAUGGCGCUUUAUGCCGUUAAAGUGUACAAGUUUCUGAAAAAAAAGGGAGAUCCACAUGUGAAGACUGAAGGGAAGGAUGCAGAGGAUUGGAUGUGUGUGGACUUUGGUAAAGUAGUCGUUCAUUUCAUGCUGCCAGAGACCAGAGAGGUGUACGAACUGGAGAAACUGUGGACUCUCCGUGGCUAUGACGAGCAGCUGAAGAACAUGCCCGAUGAGACGCUACCAGAAGAUUUUAUGCUUGGUGUUAAAGCCACAAAGUGAAAACACAAGACUAAAAGUUUAAUCUGUGCCCAGAUGUCCCAUUUUAUACUCCUUCUGAAUAAGGUAAUGAAAGUCUCAGAUGUCUCCAGAAUGCAGAUUUUAUUUCCAAAUCGACUGUUUCAGUAUCUGCACCUUUAAAUCAAACUAAGCUACUGCUGCUCAUGCCUCUUUCAGACAGAGAGUUGCCAGCACUUUUCUAUCUGUCUAGUGUCUUCCAAGCAGACUCCCACAGUCUAAAAAAGUAGUAUAAUAAUAACAUCAGUAACUCAUCCACAGUUGUUUGUGUGUAUGUACACACAGGAGUAUAAUCAAGGACUCUGGUUUUUCUUAUUGUCAAAUUGUGACGUGCAUAAGGGCUCUUAAGCUGAUGUUUCUGAACUAUUAUGCGUCCUUUCUGUGAAUCUGCAUAUGUGCAGACUUUCUUAAUGGACUUGCUCUGAGCAAAAUCGGUGACGUAUAAAUGCAACUGUCAUUCUCUCCAUCAAAUGAACACAGAGCAAGCAUGGACUGUGAUGGUGAUGG